AUGGGCUACCCCCAAAGCAAUGACCAUGUGGAAGUCACGAACUGGGAGAUCCUCAGGGGUCUACGGACUCGGCUCGACCACACAGGAGGAAGUUGGGUCGAUGAGCUCUCGAGCAUCCUUUGGGCACUUCUCACGACUCUAAAAGAGGCGACCGAUGUAACACCAUUCCAGCUGGUGUAUGAAGGCAAAGCAGUGGUCCCUGUUGAAGUCAAAGUGGAGUCUGACCUAGUACAUCUCUAUGACGGGGAGAACACUGAGCGGAGCCUAAUAGAGCUCAACUUGGUGGAUGAAGUGCGAGAUAAGGCUGCAGUUCAGCUCACGACAUACUGA